AUGGAACUUUUGAGAUCUUUGAGAUCUCGGUUGGAAGAAUGGUUGGAUCGUGUGACUCAUUUACGCAUUGUGCGAAUUUCUGUGAUUCAUUGGACUUUGUUGUGUGUGUGGGUAGGUCUGUUGCUGAAAUUUACCUCUGUUUACAGGUCAUUGUACAAUAAAUCUGCUCUUUUUGCCACGAUGUGGACCAAUGUGCUACUUUUCGGGAUUUCUGAUAUCCUGGCACAAAGCAUUCAUUGCUACAUGUCAUAUACAGUGGAUCCUGUACCGGAGAUAGUCGAUGUUACUGCGAGGAAUUUAGUGAAUCGGUUUACUGGCGAUGAGGGCUAUGAAAGUGAUAAUUUAAGUAUUUUCAAUGAGUAUGGAGAAACUGCUUAUGAUGUUGAAGAGGGGGAGGAGGAGGACGACGACGAUAAUUUCCGUGAGACUCAUAUUUUCGAGUUUUACAGAUGGAUCUGCUUUAUGGCUUACGGAUUCAUAAUAUCGUUUUUUCAAGUUCCCUGGUACAAAUUCCUAAAUUUCUUUUACACUGAGGAUCCAACUGUCGUACAAGUGCUCGAGAGAGUGCUGUCGGAUCAAUUAUUAUAUUCUCCGAUCCAGCUUUACUGUUUCUUCAUGUAUUCCAGUUAUAUCAUGGAACGCGGGGAUUUGAACACUUUUAACAAAAAGAUACAAAGACUCUACAUCUCGACUCUGGGUUGUAACUACUUGGUAUGGCCCUUGGUGCAAUUUAUUAACUUCUUGGCGAUCCCGAAACAUUUCCAAGUACCCUUUAGUUCUUCUGUCGGAGUUCUUUGGAAUUGUUUUCUAUCGAUGAGAAAUGCUUCUCGCUAG